GUCACUGAUCAGUACACUGGACCUGUUGGAGCCGAAGGAUUAUUCAAGAUACCAGUUCAUGAUCACGACCCAGUGCACAAGGAACAGCACGGAUGAUGCGCUUUGCGCUCCAGGUAUUCAAUGAAAAAAGAGACGUGCAAAAGAAGAGAUGGGCUCCGUUCCUGGACUUUCACCUCCCUGGUCACGGGGGAAAUGUUAUUACACCGUGCUUGUUGCACCUCUAGUAGUGGUUUUGGUCCAGCUUUGCGCAGCUUUUAACUUGGACACGGAGACGCGCGUCGUUUUCACCGGACCACAGGGAAGUUACUUCGGGUAUUCUUUGGAGUUCUUCAGUAACUCAUCCAGCAGCAGUAUUCUGAUCGGUGCUCCAAAAGCCAAUACCAGCCAACCCAACAUCACUGAAGGAGGAGCUGUGUACCUCUGCCCCUGGAGCCAACCUAACUGCAGCAUGGUCAACUUUGACAACCAAGGUGAUCGGUAUUUUUAUAUAAAUGAUGUGAACACUCAGGUUGAAUUCAAGUCCCAUCAGUGGUUUGGAGCUACUGUGCGUUCCCAUGGUAACAGCAUCCUGGCUUGUGCUCCCAGAUAUUACUGGAGGACUGAGCACGACACACCCUUCACUGAUGUUACAGGAACCUGCUACCUCUCUGUAGACAGCCUCAAGACUUUUGUAGAGUAUGCCCCUUGUCGAACAGAGAAUCAUGGACCUGCUGGACAGGGCUAUUGUCAGGGGGGGUUUAGUGCUGACUUCACCAAGGAUGGGAGGGUUGUGCUUGGAGGGCCAGGCAGCUUUUACUGGCAAGGUCAGCUGAUCUCAGCUACCACAGAGGAAAUCGUUAAGGCCUACUACCCUUCUUACUUCCUGCUGUCAGUCGCUGGGCAGAUUCAGACCCAACAGGUGCAGGGGACCUACGAUGACAGUUACAUGGGUUACUCUGUAGCUGGUGGCGAAUUCAGUGGGGAUAAUGAGGAAGAUUUCAUCACAGGGGUUCCAAAAGGACUCAUGCUGUAUGGUUUAGUGUCCAUAUUAGAUGGGAGGAAUAUGAAGUCUCUGCUCAACUUGACAGGGGAGCAGAUGGGGUCCUACUUUGGCUAUGCAGUGGCAGCCAUCGACAUCAACAGUGAUGGGCAUGAUGAUCUGGUGGUUGGCGCUCCAACGUUCAUGCGUCGAGGGUUCAGUGGACAUCUGGAGGAGCUGGGUAAGGUGUAUGUAUACCUCCAGAGGGGUCCUUUGCUGCUGGAGCCAAGUCAGUCCCAUCUUCUUGGCCCACAGACCUUCAGCCGCUUUGGUACUUCGCUGGCUCCGCUGGGUGAUCUCAACCAGGAUGGAUUCAACGACCUGGCCAUCGGCUGUCCCUACGGAGGAGACGACCAGCAGGGCUUAGUGCUCAUUUAUAAUGGUUAUGCUGGAGGACUGAUGAACACGCCCACUCAGACUCUUUCUGGCCAGUGGGCCUCCAGCUCUUUCCUGGCCAGUUUUGGAUUUGCUUUGCGAGGAAACAGAGAUCUGGAUCAAAACGGCUACCCGGAUCUGAUUGUUGGUGCUUUUGGGGCUGAUAAAGCAGUACUUUACAGGGCUCGGCCAAUAGUGAGUGCCACCGCGUCUCUUACAGUGCAUCCCACCAUGUUCAACCAGGAGGAGAAGACCUGCGGGCUGGUCACUGGGAGGGAGACCAUUGCUGUGUCUUGUGUCAGCAUCACUUACUGCCUGCUGGCUAAUGGGAAGCACCUCCCCUCUCAUCUAGAUUUUGUGGUGGAGAUUCAGUUGGACAGUGUGAAGCAAAAUCAGAAGGAGUCCAUCAAGAGAAUUCUGUUCCUGGACAGUCAGCAGCCCAGUCUGGUGAAACCCUUCAGCCUUGCCAAUAAUGAACGCUUGUGCCAUGAUGCCAAGGUCUAUCUACGGGGUGAAGAGGAGUUUCGGGAUAAACUCUCUCCUAUUUACAUUAGUCUGAACUUCAGUCUGGAUCCUCAAGCCCCAGUGGACCAACAUGGACUCAGACCAAUCCUGAAUUAUCAGACAGAACAACUUAUUGAACAGAAGGCCCAGAUUCAACUGGAUUGUGGAGAGGAUAAUAUCUGUGUACCAAACCUUAAACUGGCUGUUUAUGGUGACAGAAGAGAGGUUUACUUGGGUGAUGAAAACUCUUUGAGUUUGACCUUCAAUGCCAGGAAUGAGGGAGAGGGAGGGGCGUACGAGGCGGAGCUCUUUGUGGUACUCCCCCCAGAGGCGGACUAUAGCGGUAUAGCACGCACCAAUGUGAGCCUGACACAGCUGACAUGCAGUUAUGAGGCAGAAAACCAGACUCGGUAUCUCGUGUGUGAUCUGGGAAACCCCAUGAAGCCUGGUACAAGUUUAUGGGCCGGCCUUCGGUUCACUGUGCCCCGAUUGAAGGACACCCACAAAACUGUGCAGUUUGAACUCCAAAUACGAAGCAAAAAUGCCAAUAACUCUGAGAGUGAAGUGGUGUCGUUUGAGUUGGAGGUGGCUGCAAUGGCCAAUGUCAUUCUGCAGGGUGUUUCUCGGCCAGACAAAGUCAUCUUUCCCCCUCCAAACUGGACUGUUCAUCACAAUCUGAGGGAAGAGCAGGAUAUCGGCCCUGAGCUUCAGCUGGUUUAUGAAUUGGUGAAUAAUGGUCCCAGUGACGUCAGCCAGUCAAUGUUAGAAGUGAGGUGUCCUUUGAGGGCACACGGGCACGAGCUGCUCUACCCAGUGGAGGUGGUCACUGAGGGGCCGCUCAGCUGCUCCUCCAAAACAACCUUCAAUGUGUUGAAUCUCAAACUCCAGCCUCCAGCAGCAGAGGGUCCCACUUCACUGAAAUCCAGCACUGAGCACCACAUCUGGAGGAAGGAGGUACACAGAGAUCCUCUGGCUGAUCAAGGAAACCUGAGCUGCUCCACAGUGGAGUGCUGGCAGCUGCAGUGUCAUGUCGGGCUGCUGCAGAGAGCAGACAGUGUUAUCCUGACUGUACGAUCCAGACUCUGGGCUGAAACCUUCAUCGAGAAGCCCUAUAGGCAGUAUGUUCUGGAGUGCUCCAUUCAGUACAAGGUGGACAGGAUGCCUUAUUCUAUUCCUCCCAAAUUCAAACCAUCGGGAUCCAAAAAGGUGGCAGCAGCUGUGAUUUGGAACAAACCAGACAGUCUGUUCUCUGUUCCAGUGUGGAUCAUCAUCCUGGCUAUUCUAGCUGGGCUGCUAUUACUCUCCUUGCUCAUAUAUCUACUGUACAAGAUGGGCUUCUUUAAAAGGUCUGAUCCAUAUAGCACAACCAUGGAGAAGGCCCAGCUCAGACCCCAGGCUUCCUCUGAAGCUUAAAUCUAAGAAGGAGCCUAUUUUGCAGCUGUUCCAAAAAACUGGAAUUACUGUCACAUUCCCAAACAAAUAAUGUAACUGCAGGCCACCCAUUUAUGAAUGGACAAUUGUGGGUAUCACUGGAAUACAAAAUAUCUGGUGCUGCACUAAAAUACCAAAGCAGGAAAGACUACAAGGGCCAUGCAGUUGAAUAUGCACUGCUGUUGGGGAAGUUACUUUGUACAAUCCAAGCAUGAUGACUGAAGCUUCUGCAGAAAGACAACAAGGACAUGCUCCUUAGAAGCUCAUCCUUUUAUGGAAAAUACUCCUCAGACUCCAUUUGUUGCAGCCUAUGUUGAGACAGGACAAACAAAUGCACCUCGAACAAAAGGCACUAAAGCUAUAGUAUUUCUUCAUUUUUAAAGUGUAUUUUAAACCAUGUCGGCAGUCCCAGUGUUUGAUAUUUCUGAAUCCCUGCUUCUGUAUGACCUAUACACCACCUGUUUAUUUAUGGCACAGAGUUUUGUUGAAUGUUGUACUGUACUGUCUGCGAGACAAUCCUGAUGAAAUCGAGAUGUUUAACUUGAAUUAUUCUUCUCCCAUAUUGGGAGGUACUGUGUGUAUGUUGUAAUGUAUGUUAUGUAUUCAUUGUGUUAGGACCCAUUGGUGUUGUGGCCCAGAAUAAAGCCUA